AAGCCAAAAGCGAUCAAAAUCCCAUCUUUCCCCUCCUUGUCACCUCAUCCUUCCCAAACCCUCCCCGCCAGAAGAUGGACUUGGAUCCGGAAAUCGCCCGUUUGAUCCUCGAGUUCGUCCUCAUCCAGCCUAAUGUCGGCGACUUCCUGGCCAACAGUCUUGUACUCGCUCUCCCGGUCACGCAGCCUCUCGAGCCCCGCCUCAAGAAGACCGUCCUUCUCCGGAGGAUCAUCUCGGAACUCUCCCGCGACUCCGUCUCCGCCCGGACCCUCCAUUCCCUCGAGCUUCUCGAGGAGAUAGACCGCAAUGGAGGCGUUGCCCCUUCGGAAUCCAUGAGGGCUGCUUACUUUGCGGUUGCCGUGGAAUGCACUGCCCGGUCCCUGCUGAAAAGCGACGAGCACUUCUUCAAGACCGUCGACCAAAUCUGGAGCCGCCGUGUGGCCGAUCUUGAGCACUCGGAGGCCGCGGGGUUAGCGUGCAGCCGCCUGAAGAAAUUAAGGAAGGAGAUAGUGGAGGCCGCCCUACUAAAUCCUGGUAUUAGGGCUGACCUGUUGGAGAGGGGUACCAAAAAGAUGACGUCUGAUUCUGUUAUCAGAACCGAGCUGUUGGAGAAGGACACUAAAAAGGUGGCGUUGGAUUGUGUUAGGGCUUAUUUGGAGGACGCCAUAAACAUAAUGGGUCCUCCUUUUCUUGAAGUUGCCUCGAAAGCUGUUCUUUCGGGGCGAUUGGUGUUGAACGAACAGUCUAGAGAACCUUCUGUCAAAAUGGGCAAGAAGGAGAAGUGUUCGAAAGAUGUAUUGACUUCAAUAGUGGAAAAGAGUGUGGGUGAGCUGGGCCAUUCACAAAUUGAUGGAGGCACAUCAUCUCGAUCACAUGUAAUCAGGGAUGAGCUUGAUGAGAGUGCAGCAGCUAGAGGACAAAAUGUGCCCAACCAACUUGGAUGCUUGACUAACAAGUUUGACCGACUGCCAUCUCCAGAGGUUAACAGAGUGGUACGAACUCUUAAAUCAAGUUCUGCAGAUCUGCACAUGAUGGUAGAAGACCCUCUUCCAAGUGCAAGAACAGCUGCAGCUGAGAUAGUAAACAGCAAGUGUGGAAUAAUGAUGAAUCUUGAACAGGAGGAGCGUCAAGACCAGGUUGAUCAUAUGGGACAACUUCUUGUAAGUGAAAUGGGUUCUGAAGUUAAAUGUGAUGAGAGCAGUACUUCUCAUACUGAGAAAAACAGGAAUGGUGACACUUUUCAGUCAAAACCAAACCCAUAUGGUGUGAAAGAAAUGAAAGGAAAUCAUAUUAGGGAGGAAGUGAAUGCACCUGUUGCUUCUGAGAAGGGGACUGAAGUUUCAAUUACUGCAGGCGCUAGCAGAGGUGUUGAGAUGAAGAUAGAUCAUGAUGUAGUACCAACACGGCCUAGUUUGAUGGAUUGGAAUCCAACUGCCCGUACUUAUGAGUGGGAUGAUAGUUCCGUUGAGUCUGCAUCUGGAAUGGCACCAACCCUGUUGAAGGAUCUUUGCUUACAUAGCCCAAAGAGAAGGAUGGUUUCUCCUUUGACACUAAUAGAAAACAACAAACUUUCUAAACGGAGAAAAAUUAAGCGAUGGAGUUUGCUGGAAGAAGAAACUUUGAGAAAAGCUGUGGAAAAGCAUGGGAAGGGUAACUGGAAAAUGAUUCUAAGCUGCCAUCCUGAUAUUUUUGAAGAGAGAACUGAGGUUGAUUUGAAGGAUAAGUGGAGAAAUAUGACCAAACACUAGCUUGCUUGUCUUCGCCACUUUGUUCCUUGCAAUGACAGACGAAUCAUAUGAUGGAUGAUGAUGAUUCUCUCCGUCUUCAUUAAUGAGGAGGAUCAUCUAUAUGGAUGGUUGUGCUCCAUAGGAUCAAGAGAAAACGGAAUGGUGAAGUUGGAGGAGGGUCCGGCUACAAGAAUCUAGUCAAAACAAAUGAUAGAUGUUGAACUGCUUGUCUCCUUCCCUAUUGAGGUUGAUUCUAUUAUUUGUAUUAAAUAAACUUUUUGUUUUUUUUUUUGAAAUAGAGAGAGGGAUAUAGAUCCAUAUGUGUUAUAUUUAGUCAGGUCUAAAUAUUUGACGGAUGUGCCAUCCAAGAAUUGGGCUUUGUAUCUUUACUUGCUAAACACAGUGAUGUGACUGUUUGAGGCAAAACCCAAUUGACCAACAGAAUGGGUAACGUUGUAGGAUGAUGGGUAACCAUAGGGAUGUUUAUAAUGAAUAAAAAUGAAACAAAAUGAAAUCCUUUGUAUGCCUCAA